CUUCUGCUUUUCACUGACCAAAAAUAUACCCAAGCAAUAGACAGAGUUAGUCAUUUAUCCUGUCCUUGUACUGUACCCUACAGUUUCAUGAUUUACCGGUUGAUUUAAACUAUGGGAAGGUGGAUUCUCAUUAUUCUGGGAUUAAUUCCAGGGGUCUGGAGUGGAAGCUGGAAUGUGACCUACGAAAACCAGUGUGCUUUUAAAGGGACAUCAGUAAAUGUAAAGUGCAAGUAUUACUAUCCUUUUGGACGUUUUCUUACCUGGAUCGGCUGGUCUAAAGUAUCUGAUGGGGGGAGUCUGAUUCCCCUCUCAGAUCUCCCUUCACCACCAAACCAUUUUACAUAUACUGGCAACAACGGUGACUGCAGCCUGAGGGUCAAAAACGUUCAGUCCUCGGAUCAAGGAGCUUAUUAUUUCCGUUUUUCAACAACCCUUGGGAGUUGGACAAGUAACAAACCUGCUUUAUUGUCUGUGAAAGAAUUGACCGCAGUGGUGCAGCCGUACACCGCCAGAGAGGGGGAGACUGUCAUGUUGACCUGCAGGUCAGGCUGUCCUGAACCUACAGACAUCGUCUGGUUCAAAGAACGACAGCGUGUUUGGACUUCAGUGUUCCAGGCCAGACGAGAGGACGCUGGGAGCUACUACUGUGCCAUCCUGGGACAGGAGACAGUCCGGUCUGCCUCUGUUGCUCUGAGUGUUCACUAUGCUCCCACAGAUGUAAAGCUGUCAGUGAGUCCAUCUGGAGACAUUGUCAGAGGAAGCAUGGUGACUUUGACCUGCAGCAGCGAGGCCAACCCUCCUGUGGCACAAAGUGGAUACCAUCUGUACAAGGACGGAGAGUAUGUUAGUUCAGGGCAGAGCCAUGUCACCUUGGACAUCCAGCCCAGACACAGGGGACAGUAUCACUGCCAGGCAUGGAACAACAUUAGCUGGAGAGGCAGUGACCGGAUCAACUCAUCAGAGAUAAACCUCGAUGUCCAGUAUUACCCGAUGAAUGUUUCAGUUUCAGUGAAUCCAGAGCACAUUGUUGAGGGUGGCAGGGUCAAUCUAACCUGUAGCAGCGAGGCUAACCCGGCAGCAGACAGCUACACGUGGUAUAAAAGGACAGAAACAAUUGGCUCCAACACUUUGAUCCAUGUGGGCCCAGGACAGGUGCUGUCCCUUCCCUCCAUGGAGUCGUCCCACGGCGGUCUCUAUGUCUGCAACGUAAGGAACAGUCUUGGAGAGGGCAACUCAACUGAGGUGGUCUUGGCCGUGGAAGCGUCGCAGCAAGGAACCCAGUCCCUUUCUGUCUUAGUUGGAAUUGGACUAUUUCUUGUUGUGAUGUUAAUCGCAGCGUUGCUUUUGUUUCGGACGAAACAGAAGUACGAGGCAGAUAAAAAUCAGACUAAAUUAGACGUCAGGCUCAAUGGAAGAGCAUCAAACUCUGAAGAACCACAGGAUGCAGUUUAUUCCAACAUUCACAUCCUCCCAUCUUCUCCUCCACCCAUCUCCAACCCCUACAGCCCUUCAGCUUCACACAGGGACUUACAAAAAAAUACUUCUAGAUCUUCUGAGGUUGAGAUGAUCUACUCCACAGUGACAAUCAAACCCAGUAACCGGAAUGCACCAAACCACGCAAAGUUCUGGUCUAAAGGAAAAGAAGAUGACAUCUCUGUGAUCUACAGCUCGGUGGUCAAAUCCAGCUGAGAACUCUUCUCCUAUUGACAUCUUCAUUUUAAAAUACUAACAUGUUUCAGGAGAAACAUACAAUAAUAGUCAAGUUUUUUAUCUAAGUCCUGAAAGGUUCUGAAUAUCAGUAAGACAUAGUUUUUAUUUAUUUCUAUUAAUAUAAUGUGUGCACUUGUUAAAACUAGUUGCAGUUAUUUAAAUUGAUCAUGUCAAUUUUGUCAGCUUUUGGAUAGAACAUAAUGCACCUCAUGUUUACGUUUGUUCUGCUGUUCUGUUUCAACUGCAAAUGUAUUUCAAAAAAUAGAAUUAACAUUUAUUAUGUGUUUUUGAUUCAUUUUUAUUUUUAUAAAACACUCAAAGCAGCAGUUUGAACUUUACAAAGUGUCUAUGAAAUGUACAUUAAUCUAACAGCAGGUGUAUAUUAAAGUUCAUGUUAAAUGUGAAUGAAAAGCAAACUACAACACAUUGUGUCUAGUAAAGAACACUUCAUCAGUA